AUGGCAACAACGCCAAAACGCAUCAUCUUCACCGGCGGCUCCGGCAAAGCCGGGCGCAACCUGAUCCCGCUCCUGCAAGCCUCGGGCCACCACAUCCUCAACCUCGACCUCCAACCCCUGCAAACCGGCCCUCCCCCGCCCGGCGCCCCCACCGCCUCCCGCGUGCACACCAUCCGCACCGACCUCACCUCCUCCGGCCAAGUCUUCAACGCCCUCACCUCACACUUCAGCCCCUCGGAGCCCCUCCCGCCGCACCUCCCGCCGGUCCCAGACGCCCUCCUCCAUUUCGCCGGCUACUCCACCCCGCUCCAGGCGCCCGACAACGAGACCUUCCGCGUCAACGUCCUGGGUCUGCACAACGUGCUCGAAGCGGCGUGUAAACUGGGCGUUCGCAAGGUCGUCGUCGCCAGCAGCGUGACCGUGUACGGCGUCACGUUCGCGCAGGGCCCCGCGGAGUUCGCGUACUUCCCCGUCGACGAGGAGGCGCCCACGGAGCCGGAGGAUACGUACGCGCUCAGCAAGGUGUGCGGGGAGCGCGUGUGCGCGAGCUUCGCGAAACGGUUUCGGGAGAGGGGCGUGGACGUCUAUGUGUUGAGGAUUGGGCGGGUGGUGGCGCCCGAGGAGUACAGGGAACCGGGCGGGCUGUGGCAGGGGUACGUGGAGCGGCCGGGGGAGUGGGCGGGCCAUGGGUGGAGUUAUGUGGAUGUGAGGGAUCUGGGGGCCAUGUUGGAGAGGUGUUUGGAGGUGGAUGGGUUGGGGUUCAGGGUGUGGAAUGCGGUGAAUGAUGGUGUGAGUUGCUAUGAGGACGUGAAUGGGCUGUUGGGGAGGGAGAUGCCCGGGGUGGAGUUUAGGAGGGCCUUGAAGGCGAGGGAGGCGCCGAUCAGUAAUAGGAGGAUCAAGGAGGAGUUGGGGUGGCGGCAGAAGUACGACUGGGUGGAUUUGGUGGACCCGAGUUGGGAGCAGGGGAAGCGGGAGGAGAUGCUGAAGCGGGAGGAGAUGCUGAAGCGGGAGGAGGAGGAGCGGAAGAGCAAGGCUGCGCCGUGA